GCAAUCUCCGUAAAUUCAAGAUUCUUUUCAGAUCGAUCACAGUCCUGCAUUACCAUCAAGUGUUCAAGUGAGAGCCUUGUCCCCGUGAUCGUGCAUUCAAGCCCGGGAUAUGAUAAGCCAUGGUAAGUGGUCAAGGCGCGCUAAUUUAUCAAAGCUUCCUUCCCUACGUGUUACUUUCUUCGCGAGCUUUAUUUUGAAGGGUUACUUUGAUGAACACUGCGCCAGCGCUGAGAAUGCGCCUUCUUUUACGCCAAAAGAGACGUUCAAUUUCACCUUGUAACCUUUCCACCUCUCUACAUUCUCUUUUACCUACUUGCCUACAAACCUUCAAGUGACAUCAGACAAGAUGUUGUCAUCUUUGCAAGGCAUGAACGUACGUUCAGCUUUGAUGCAAGCAUUAAACUUCUUAACAGUUCUUUCGACCGCAUUAAGCAUGUGGAAAGGUUUAUCCUACUUAACAGAUACCGAAUCACCAGUUGUGGUCGUUUUGAGUGGAUCGAUGGAACCGGCAUUUUAUCGUGGUGAUUUGUUGUUUUUAUCAAUGCCAAACGAACGCUUUCGUGUUGGAGAUAUUACGGUGUAUAAAAUGCCACAAGCUGAUAUUCCAAUCGUUCAUCGUGUUCUCGAAGUUCAUGAUAUCCCGGGAGAUGAAAAGGAUCAGUUAAUCCUCACAAAGGGAGACAAUAACGACCGAGACGAUUUAGGACUGUACGAUGGCCCACUUUGGCUGCGUCGCAAGAACAUCAUUGGAAAAGUGAGAGGAUAUGCACCUUACGUUGGAUACGUAACAAUCUUGCUGAACGACUACCCCAAGCUCAAGUAUUUGCUAUUGGGAGGAUUAGCUCUCUCAUUAUUGUUCUCAAAGGAAGGAUGAUAGCCAGAAUAGACGCUGAUGUGACUGAUGCUUUUAUGAUGAAAUGCAUUGUAUUGUACAUUGUG